AGACCCCCGCCCCUGAUCCACGCCCAGACCCUAGAGCCAGAGGACCAUGGCCGGCCAGGGGGACUGCUGCGUCAAGGUGGCCGUCAGGAUUCGGCCCCAGCUGUCAAAGGAGAAGAUUGAGGGCUGUCACAUCUGCACCUCUGUCACCCCCGGGGAGCCCCAGGUCCUUCUGGGGAAGGACAAGGCCUUCACCUAUGACUUUGUCUUCGACCUGGACACCUGGCAGGAACAGAUCUAUUCGACCUGUGUGAGCAAGCUCAUCGAGGGCUGCUUCGAGGGCUACAAUGCCACAGUGCUGGCCUAUGGGCAGACAGGGGCCGGGAAGACAUACACGAUGGGCACCGGCUUCGACACGGCGACAUCGGAGGAGGAGCAGGGCAUCAUCCCGAGGGCCAUUGCACACCUCUUUGGGGGCAUUGCAGAGCGCAAGCGGCGGGCACAGGAGCGGGGUGUGGCCGGGCCUGAGUUCAAAGUCAGCGCGCAGUUCCUGGAGCUCUACAAUGAGGAGAUCCUCGACCUGUUCGAUAGCACCCGUGACCCUGAUGCCCGCCACCGCAGGUCCAACAUCAAGAUCCACGAGGAUGGGAAUGGUGGCAUCUACACCACGGGCGUCACUUCCCGCCUCAUCAACUCCCAGGAGGAGCUGAUCCAGUGCCUGAAGCAGGGGGCCCUGUCCCGCACCACGGCCAGCACCCAGAUGAACGUGCAGAGCUCCCGCUCACACGCCAUCUUCACUAUCCAUGUGUGCCAGAUGCGAGUGUGCACCCAGCCCGAGCCAGUCAGUGAGGCGGUGACUGGGCUUCCUGAGGGCAACGCGCCCACCAGUGAGUAUGAGACACUCACUGCUAAGUUUCACUUUGUGGACCUGGCCGGCUCAGAGCGGCUGAAGCGGACGGGGGCCACGGGCGAGCGGGCCAAGGAGGGCAUCUCCAUCAACUGCGGCCUGUUGGCCUUGGGCAACGUGAUCAGCGCCUUGGGGGACCAGAGCAAGAAGGUGGUGCACGUGCCCUACAGGGACUCGAAGCUCACUCGGCUUCUCCAGGACUCGCUGGGGGGCAACAGCCAGACCAUCAUGAUUGCCUGUGUGAGCCCCUCAGACCGGGACUUCAUGGAGACGCUCAACACACUCAAAUAUGCCAAUCGGGCCCGCAACAUCAAGAACAAGGUGGUGGUGAACCAGGACAAGACGAGCCAGCAGAUCAGCGCCCUGCGGGCCGAGAUUGCUCGCCUGCAGAUGGAGCUGAUGGAGUAUAAGGCGGGCAAGAGGGUGAUCGGGGAGGAUGGUGCCGAGGGCUACAGCGACCUGUUCCGGGAGAAUGCCAUGCUGCAGAAGGAGAACGGGGCACUGCGUCUGCGGGUGAAGGCCAUGCAGGAGGCCAUCGAUGCCAUCAACAACCGUGUCACUCAUCUCAUGAGCCAGGAAGCCAAUCUGCUCCUGGCCAAGGCUGGUGAUGGCAAUGAGGCCAUUGGUGCUCUGAUCCAGAACUAUAUCCGGGAGAUUGAGGAGCUGCGGACGAAGCUCCUGGAGAGUGAAGCCAUGAAUGAGUCCCUGCGCCGCAGCCUCUCCCGGGCCUCGGCUCGGAGCCCUUACGCCCUGGGUGCAUCUCCGGGCGCUCCGGCCUUCGGGGGCAGCCCGGCCAGCUCCAUGGAGGAUGCCUCUGAGGUGAUCCGCCGGGCCAAGCAGGACCUGGAGCGGCUCAAGAAGAAGGAGGUCAGGCAGCGGAGAAAGAGCCCAGAGAAGGAGGCCUUCAAAAAGAGGGCAAAACUCCAACAGGAAAACAGUGAGGAGACCGACGAGAAUGAGGCUGAGGAGGAGGAGGAAGAGCGAGACGAGAGUGGCUGUGAGGAGGAGGAGGGGCGUGAGGAUGAAGACGAGGACUCGGGCAGUGAGGAGAGCCUGGUGGACUCGGACUCAGACCCUGACGAGAAGGAGGUGAACUUCCAGGCCGACCUGGCCGACCUGACGUGUGAGAUUGAGAUCAAGCAGAAGCUGAUCGAUGAGCUGGAGAACAGCCAGAGGCGACUGCAGACUCUGAAGCACCAGUACGAGGAGAAGCUGAUUCUGCUUCAGAACAAGAUCCGAGACACACAGCUGGAGCGUGACCGCGUGCUGCAGAACCUCAGCACCAUGGAGUGCUACACGGAGGAGAAGGCCAACAAGAUCAAGGCGGAUUACGAGAAGCGGUUGCGGGAGAUGAACCGGGACCUGCAGAAGCUGCAGGCCGCGCAGAAGGAGCACGCGCGGCUGCUCAAAAACCAGUCCCGCUACGAGAGGGAGCUGAAGAAGCUGCAGGCCGAGGUGGCUGAGAUGAAGAAGGCCAAGGUGGCCCUGAUGAAGCAGAUGCGUGAGGAGCAGCAGCGGCGGCGGCUGGUGGAGACUAAGAGGAACCGGGAGAUCGCUCAGCUCAAGAAGGAACAGCGGCGACAGGAGUUUCAGAUCCGAGCGCUGGAGUCCCAGAAGCGGCAGCAGGAAAUGGUCCUGAGGAGGAAAACCCAGGAGGUUUCUGCACUGAGGCGCCUGGCCAAGCCCAUGUCUGAGCGGGUGGCUGGGCGCGCAGGACCGAAGCCGCCCAUGCUGGACUCGGGGGCCGAGGUGUCAGCCAGCACCACGUCCUCCGAGGCCGAGUCAGGGGCCCGCUCUGUCUCCAGCAUUGUGCGCCAGUGGAACCGCAAGAUCAACCACUUCUUGGGGGACCACGCUGCACCUGCUGUCAAUGGCACCCGCCCUGCCAGAAAGAAGUUCCAGAAGAAGGGGGCCAGCCAGAGCUUCAGUAAGGCUGCGAGGCUCAAGUGGCAGUCCCUGGAACGGAGGAUCAUUGACAUCGUCAUGCAGAGGAUGACCAUUGUCAACCUAGAGGCUGACAUGGAGCGGCUCAUCAAGAAAAGGGAGGAGCUGUUCCUCCUGCAGGAGGCGCUGCGGAGGAAGCGGGAGCGGCUGCAGGCUGAGAGCCCAGAGGAGGAGAAGGGCCUGCAGGAGCUGGCCGAGGAGAUCGAGGUGCUGGCGGCCAACAUUGACUAUAUCAACGACAGCAUCACCGACUGCCAGGCCACCAUUGUGCAGCUGGAGGAGACCAAGGAAGAACUGGACUCCACGGACACAUCCGUGGUCAUCAGCUCCUGCUCCCUGGCCGAAGCCCGCCUCCUGCUGGACAACUUCCUCAAGGCAUCCAUCGACAAGGGGCUACAAGUGGCACAGAAGGAGGCCCAGAUCCGGCUGCUGGAGGGACGGCUGAGGCAGACAGACAUAGCAGGUUCUUCUCAGAACCACCUGCUCCUGGAUGCCCUACGAGAGAAGGCGGAGGCGCACCCAGAGCUGCAGGCCCUCAUCUACAACGUGCAGCAGGAGAAUGGUUACGCCAGCACGGAUGAGGAGAUCUCAGAGUUCUCUGAGGGGAGCUUCUCCCAGUCAUUCACCAUGAAAGGUUCCACCAGCCAUGAUGAUUUCAAGUUCAAGGGUGAGCCCAAGCUGUCUGCCCAAAUGAAGGCUGUGUCAGCCGAGUGCCUGGGUCCCCCGCUGGAUAUCUCCACCAAGAACAUCACCAAGUCCCUGGCCUCCCUUGUUGAGAUCAAAGAGAAUGGAGUGGGCUUCUCCAUCCGAGACCCCUACUACCGGGACAAGGUCUCGCGCACUAUCAGCCUGCCCACCAGAGGCAGCACUUUCCCCCGGCAGUCUAGAGGCACGGAGACAUCCCCUCUGACCCGAAGGAAGUCGUAUGACCGAGGGCAGCCCAUCAGGUCCACGGAUGUGGGAUUCACGCCGCCCUCGUCCCCUCCUACUCGGCCCCGCAACGACCGGAACGUCUUUUCUCGUCUCACCAGUAAUCAGAGCCAAGGCUCAGCACUGGACAAGUCUGAUGACAGCGACUCCUCUUUGUCGGAGGUCCUGAGGGGCAUCAUCAUCCCCGUUGGAGGAGCCAAGGGUGCGAGGACAGCCCCACUGCAGUGCGUCUCCAUGGCCGAGGGCCACACCAAGCCCAUCCUCUGCCUGGACGCCACAGACGAGCUACUGUUUACAGGAUCCAAGGACCGCAGCUGUAAGAUGUGGAACUUGGUCACGGGCCAGGAGAUCGCGGCCCUAAAGGGCCACCCCAACAACGUGGUGUCCAUCAAGUACUGCAGUCACUCCGGGCUUGUGUUCUCCGUGUCUACCUCCUACAUCAAGGUGUGGGACAUCCGGGACUCGGCCAAGUGCAUUCGGACCCUCACGUCCUCGGGCCAGGUGACCUCCGGGGACGUCUGUGCUGCCACAUCCACCCGCGCUAUCGCCAGUGCUCAGGGGGAGCACCAGAUCAACCAGAUCGCCCUCAGCCCUUCAGGCACCAUGCUCUACGCUGCCUCGGGCAACGCCGUCCGCAUCUGGGAGCUCAGCAGGUUCCAGCCGGUUGGCAAGCUGACUGGCCACAUCGGCCCUGUGAUGUGCCUGACCGUCACCCAGACCGCCAGCCAGCAUGACCUGGUGGUGACCGGCUCCAAGGACCACUACGUUAAGAUGUUCGAGUUGGGUGAGUGUGUGACGGGCACCAUUGGCCCCACCCACAACUUCGAACCCCCGCACUAUGAUGGCAUCGAGUGUCUUGCCAUCCAGGGAGAUGUCCUUUUCAGUGGCUCCCGGGACAAUGGCAUCAAGAAGUGGGACCUGGAGCAGCAGGAGCUCAUCCAGCAAAUCCCCAAUGCACACAAGGACUGGGUGUGUGCCCUGGCCUUUGUCCCGGGCCGCCCCAUGCUGCUGAGCGCCUGCCGUGCGGGCGUCAUCAAGGUCUGGAACGUGGAUAACUUCACGCCCAUUGGCGAGAUCAGGGGCCACGACAGCCCCAUCAAUGCCAUCUGCACCAACGCCAAGCACAUCUUCACUGCUUCCAGUGACCUGACAGUGAAGUUCUGGAGCGUGCGGCGGUUACCUGGUGGCCCACCCUAGGAGCACACAGCAGGCCUCACCCUGGCUGUCUUUCAGAGGAUGGCCCCCAGACCCUCGGCCCCCCGGCAGCCUGGACAGCACAGAAGGGAAGCUGUGGUCUGACAGGGCCAACUGCCCUGGGAACAGAGGGUGUGGGCCUUGGAUGUGACCCCUCUCCUGCUCUCCUGCCUCUCCCUUGACUUUCCUAUGGGA